UACGUACACGUACGUACGCGCCGCGUGCGCACUGCGUGUGAACUGCGUGCGAGCUGCGUGCUUUACGUUUAAUGCCGUUCAGGUGCGACCUGACGUCCGCGCUGUGUUCGGCAUCGGGAGCACAGAGCCGAGUGUUCGUACCGCUGCGUGUGGAUUGAUUUGUAUGACACACCCCAGCUAUGGAGUCACAGAAUUUAUCCUGCAGCAUCUGCCUGGACCGAUUCCAAGUCCCGGUGACCAUUCCCUGUGGACACACGUUCUGUCAGGUUUGCAUCACGGUUCACUGGGACACCAAGGCCAAAGGAGGCAUGGACACGCAGUGUCCCAUAUGCAGCGAAACGUUUGACCCGAGGCCCGCCCUCAAGCGCAACGUAGCCUUGUCCCAUCUGACGGAGGCCACGGAUCAGGAGGGCAGAGGCGCGACUCCGGUACCCAGGCAGAGUAACGCAGCGCCCCAGGCUGAGGUGCUCUGUGAAAGACACAAGAAACCCCUCGUCAUCUACUGUAGGACCGAAAGCAUGUGCGUGUGCUAUGAGUGUGCGAUCAGGGAGUGCAAGAACCACGAGAAAAUCCUGGCGGAGGAGGAAAAGGAGAUACGGGAGGCAAGUGUUGGAUCUGUCGCGCGCCUGCUCUCGGUACUUGGUUUUAACCGGGUGGUUCGGAAAGGCAAACGCAGCAGCUUUUUGUCUCGUUGGGUUUUGCAGGAGGGGCUGAAGAAGAAGAGCAGAGAGGUGGAGAAGCACAGGGAGGACACGGAGAAGAGCGUCAAGGAGCUGUCAGAGAACAUUAACAAAGCUGAGGUGUCCCUACAGCAGACCUCCCAUUGGGUAAAUGCAAAGUUUGCUUACCUAGUGAAGGUGCUGAUGGAGAAGCAAGAGUCCACACUGACCUUCAUGGAGCACGAACGGCAGUCCAUCCUCUGCCAGGCUGAGACCCACCUCGGUAUGCUGCAGGAGAGAGCCCAGCGUCUGGGGGAGAUCCAGGGCCAGAUAGCCACUGUGCAAGCAAUGCCUUACAUCCAGUUAAUUCAGGAGUCACGAUUAGUUGAGGUCCCCCGGAUGCAGGAUAUCCCCUUGGAUGUCUCCACCACUCUGCAGGACAGAUUGAACACGGUCACCGAUGUCUUGUCCCGAAUUUCCAAGCUGGUGUUGGAGGACCUGGAGAAAGCCAUAAACACAGCCAUUGGGCAGGACAAGCAAGGCUCUCCUCAAGAUAAGCGGCCAGUGUUGGCAGUUGUUCCGAGCCCUGCCAUGCCCAGUUCUUCAGCCAUCAAGGAUGGACUCAGUGCCUUCCACUGCGCCCUCACCUUUGACCCUCGCACCGCCAAUGCAAACCUGCAGCUGACACAGGAGAACCGGCGUGCAGAGCACCUCGUCUCUGGGCCCCGCCAAGUCCCACCACAUGAGGCACGGUUUGACACCUCGUGGCAGGUGUUGUGUUUCCAAGGCUUCACUGAUGGGAAGCACUACUGGGAGGUAGAGGUGUCGAAGCCUUGGGCCUACCUGGGGGUGACCUACGAAGGUAUCCCACGCAAGGAGAAAAGCAAGCGCUGCAUGGUAGGAAUGAACGAACUGUCAUGGAGCCUGCAGCUGGAUGAUAGGCAGCUGAGCGCCUGGCAUAAUGGUAGGAGGGAGACGGUGACAGGGCAUACCCAGCACCACCGUAUCGGAAUGCUGCUGGACUACGAGGCUGGGACACUGACCUACUAUGGGGAUGGCCAGACCCGCCUACAUGCCUUCCACUGCGCCUUCACCCAGAAGCUGUUCCCCGCCUGCUGGAUUGGAGAGGGCGUUAUCGUCACCCUGUGUCCCCCCAGCAACAGGAACCAUGUACUGUCAUAAGGUUAUCGCCAAUGUGCAAUGGAGACUUUCACUGUCUGUCUCAACUCGCCUAUUUUCUUCCCUCUAGGAAGAGACUUUUCAGUUGCCACAUUCUGUUAGUGAUCCCCUUACUGAUUUAAAACCUUGUUGUGCUGAACUUGUGAUGUCAUACUAUAAGGUUUCAGCAUGAUCAUCUUGCAUGAUGUCUAGACUGAGCCAUAAGGAAAUGUAAAGCACAGUUUGACCUUUGCCCCUCUUCCUUUGGGCAAUGGACAAGUUCUAGGGUGACUUACUUUGCACAAGGCCUUCUUUAGCAUAGGUGGCAGUUUUUGACUGUGUAAGAUAAGAGUGCUGAUAAAGCACAUUAUUGAUGUUACAAACAUGACUCACAAUCCUUUGAGUCAGAUUCCAUCUUGUUACACUAAUUUAACAACAAUCAGCCCUGUGGCUAGAGUUUGUGAAAACCUGAUGUUGAUGUUGUUACCAGAGUUAAAAUAAAUUACAAAAACUUCCA